AUGGCCGACGAGGGCGUUGCAAGCCACUACCAGGUUUUGGAGGAGCUGGGUCGCAUCUCAAAGAAGGUCACAGCCGACUCACAUGCACACCCACUCCAGAUUGACCUUGAGUCAAGCGAAGAUGAUAUCCAGGAGAUCCAACAGGAGAUCUCGGUGCUCAGCACUUGCGCCAGCUCCUUCGUCACACAAUACAAGGCCAGCUACCUGCGCGGCCACAAGCUGUGGAUCGUCAUGGAGUACCUAGGAGGAGGCUCUUGUCUCGAUCUCCUGAAACCCGGAAACUUCAGCGAGGCGCACGUCGCCAUUGUUUGCCGGGAACUGCUCCUCGGUCUAGACUACCUGCACAACGAAGGAAAGCUGCACAGAGACAUCAAGGCCGCCAAUGUCCUCCUCUCAGAGAGUGGCAAGGUCAAGCUGGCCGAUUUUGGUGUCGCCGCCCAGCUUACCAAUAUUAAGUCCCAGCGAAAUACCUUUGUGGGCACGCCCUUCUGGAUGGCACCCGAGGUCAUCCAGCAAGCAGGCUACGACUGCAAGGCGGACAUCUGGUCUCUUGGCAUCACUGCCAUUGAGCUGGCCAACGGCGAACCCCCUCAUGCCAAUAUCCACCCCAUGAAAGUCCUCUUGCAAAUACCCAAGAACCCUUCCCCAAGACUCGAAGGCAACUUCAGCAAGGAUUUCAAGGACUUCAUUUCCCAAUGCCUGGGCAAGGACCCCGAGCGGAGGCCCCUGGCAAGAGAUCUUCUGAAGCACAGGUUCAUCAGGUCGGCUGGCAAGGUCGAGGCCUUGCAAGAACUGAUCGAGAGGCGGCAGAUGUACGAUGCGAGUCAGCACCGCAAAACGCAUCCUGUGUUUUACCAAGAGACUCUGCACACCAUCUCACCCAAAGACGACGGCGACGAGUGGGUAUUCGACACCGUCAGGUCGGUCGCACCCAAGAGAGCCACGGUCAAGUCUCGCAAGCCAUCCUCCAUUUUUGCUGCCGACGAGCUCAUGCGGAAACUGGACCUCAAGGAUGGACCGCUGCAGCCAUCUUCACCGGCGACUGGCACAGUACGGAGGGCAACGGCUCGGCGCCAGCCAUCAGCAUUGUACCAAGGCACAUUGACAGGGUCGCCAAGGGGCUCAGUCAUUGCCCCCAAGCGCCCGCUGCAGCCCGACAUGUCGUUCGGCAACGGAGGCUCGAGCGCCAGGCUUUUCCGCCGCGUGCCGUCUGACAGCUCUACCGGCGGCCAGCUCGGCAUGUCCGAGUCGCCCGAGGCUACAAACAACGAGAACCGGCCCCCUCCUUCCAUGAUGGCUGCGGCCGUCGAGCCCACGAGCAAGGAGGCCCAGCUCGGCCGCCGCCUCUUCAACAAGGCCCUCGAUCCUACCCUGGCCGAGCUCCACGCGCAGACCUCGGCCAUGCAGAAGCGAGAGGCCCUGGCCAAGCUGUCGGACGCCCUGGCGCUGCUCGACUCGGUGGACCCAGAGGGUGCCUACCACCUCAUGCGCAAUCUCGUCGCGGCCGUCGCCAGCGACGCCAAGCUCGACAAUGCCUUCCUCCAGCCCGCCAUCGGCAAGACCCCCAGCGACGGCACGCCGCAGGGCACGGUCAUCAUCCGGAGCCCCACCAAGCUCGUCCUCAGCAACGCGAACCCGCACCUCAAGAGCCACCGCAGGCGCCAGGGCAGCAUCGCUCCCGAGGGCUCGCCCGACAAGUACUCGGAGAAGGAGCGCGCGCGCGAGCUGGAGAGGACCAUGCUCGAGGCCAAGUUCCCCGGCCGCGAGCCGCCGGCCGGCAUGGAGCACACCAAGCAGCUCAGCGACGUCCUGUACGGCCGCUGGCUCAACGGGCUUCGAGCCCGUUUCCCGAGCGUUUGA